CCCUGCGCGCCGUGCCGCGCCGCGCCCUCCGCGCCAACUCGUCGCCGUCGCGGACGGCGUCGCCUGCGCCUGGUACCAUGGCCGUAUAAAAGCGGCGAGGCCUAGCCCCACUGGUGGGGGCGAGCAAGCUAGCGCGGCCCCAGAUUCUCUCGCGCCUCCAGCCCUCCAUUUUACCUUCUUCUUCUUCUGGCCUUCCCCGCGCCAUGGCCCACGAACGGGAGCCGCUCCUGCAGCGCCAUGCCGCCGGUGCCAAGGGCUCGUCCUCGGCGCCCGCCGCCGCCCCGCUGCCGUCGCUGGCCAGGACCGUGCUCAAGUUCCUGAUGUGGGCGGUGUUCCUCACCUGGGCCGCGGGAAUCUUCCUCUACCCGACCAAGCCCGCGCAGGCGGUGUUCAAGAAGUGGGUCGGGCUCACCAGGGACUCCGCGUUUGGCAUCGCCGGUGGCAUUUUUCUGACCUUCAGCGCGCCCAUCCUGAUCAUUGCGCUUCUGGCAUAUGUGUACAUCUCCUUCUUCCCGAGUGAUCAUGUGGAGAAGAGGAAGCUGAGGUCAUUGAGUUUCCGUCUCUGGACAUUCCCUGUUCUUGUCGACGGCCCUUUUGGAGUUGUUUCUGCAGUUGAAUUCAUCGGAAUUGUCCUAUUUAUCGUUUAUGUCGUCUACUCAAUGACCUAUUAUGCUUUGGAGAGUGUGAGCCUCGUCUCAAAAUUCGAUAUACCAUCAAAGACUGAUAGUGAGUUGAUACUGCAUGUCAUCGGCCUCCGCUUAGGCUCAGUUGGGCUGUUCUGCAUGUUGUUCCUGUUCCUGCCAGUUGCGAGAGGCUCAGUUCUUCUUCGGCUUAUCGACAUUCCAUUUGAGCAUGCUACUAGAUACCAUGUCUGGCUCGGACAUCUCACGAUGGCUCUCUUUACAUUGCAUGGCUUGUGCUAUGUGAUCGAAUGGUCCAUGCAGGGGCUCCUAAUUAAAAAAAUGCUAGGAUGGAAGGAAGUUGGAAUUGCAAACCUCCCUGGCGUGAUCAGCUUGGCAGCCGGCCUACUUAUGUGGGUGACCUCACUUCACCCAGUGAGGAAGAGAUUCUUUGAGCUCUUCUUCUACACCCACCAACUCUACGUCAUCUUUAUCAUGUUCUUGGCAUUACACGUCGGCGACUUCAUCUUCAGCAUUUCAGCUGGGGCCGUCUUCCUCUUCAUGCUCGACCGCUUCCUAAGGUUUUGGCAGUCAAGGGCCAAAGUUGACAUCAUUUCAGCUGCCUGCCGCCCAUGCGGGACAGUGGAGCUAGUCUUCUCAAAACCAGCAAGUCUCCGCUACAAUGCACUCAGUUUCAUCUUCAUUCAAGUGCGCGAAUUGUCAUUCUUGCAGUGGCAUCCGUUCAGUGUAUCUUCGAGUCCAAUGGAUGGGAGAUACCACAUGUCUGUUCUCAUAAAAGUACUGGGCACAUGGACUGAAAAACUGAGGAGCAUCAUCACCGAUGUCCAGGAGCAGAACAGGGGUGACUCCGAUCUGCAAUGUGGCCGCAUAACAGCCUGUGUGGAAGGGCCGUAUGGACAUGAAUCUCCCUACCACUUGAUGUACGAGAAUCUCAUCCUGGUGGCAGGAGGAAUCGGAAUAUCGCCGUUCUUGGCGAUCUUGAGUGACAUAAUCCACAGGAUCGAGGAGGGCAAGCAGUGCAUGCCCAAGAACGUGCUGGUCCUGUGGUCAGUGAAGAAGUCCAAGGAGCUUUCUCUCUUGUCGGCCGUCGAUGCGCAGACCAUCAGUUCAUCUGUCUCUGACAAGUUGCGCCUGGAUAUCCAGGCCUUCGUGACCCAAGAAUCCCAGGCUCCAUUGGAGGAUGGCAUCGUUGGGGACGACCGGAAAGUCCCCGGCAUGUUCGUCAAGAACGGGACGACCAUGUCCGGGCUGGUGGGCACGGGUGACAACUUCUGGGCGGCCAUGUACUUCCUGGCGUCGACGCUCGGCUUCCUCCUGGCGUACGCCCUGGUGCAGGUGUACUACGUGAAGCCCCACAACGUGGUCGCGUGGUGGUACCUGGGCCUCCUGUUCAUGCUGUGCAUGGCCGCCGGCGUCGCCCUCCCCGGCGGCCUCGUCGUGCUCCUGUGGCACCUGUCGGAGAAGCGGAGGCUGGAGGACGAGAAGUGGGACGCCACCGCCUCCCAGUCACGGCGCGCCGAGCAGACACCGCCCGCAGCCGCCGGUGGUGACGGCGUCAGCCUCGCCGCCCAGCGGACCACCCGGUACGGGUGCCGGCCAGACUUCGAAGCGGAGUUGGCGACGUUCGCGGAGCGCGCCGGCGACGCGGCGGACGUGGGCGUGCUGGUGUGCGGGCCGCAGGGGCUGCAGACGAGCGUGGCGAGGGAGUGCCGGGCUCGGAACCUCCGCCGCGGCGGCGGGGCGGGGAAGAGCGGCCGCCGCGCGGUCUUCCACUUCAACAGCCACAGCUUCGACCUUUGAACAACAGCGCACAGUUGUUCAAUGUUACAUGCUGCCUCUGUAAUUAUGCUGUAUAGUUAGUGUAUAUUGUUACAAGUAGAUGAUGGUUACAAAGGUUAAUUAGACAAGCAUGUGUAUCUGUACGCGUAUAGCAUAGUCAUGCAUGGUCGAAACACAGAGCCGCAGAGGUUAAGGUAAAAGGAGUUUGAGCAGUAGUACUGGA